UCUUCCUGCCAGGCCAUCCCUUCUCCCCUCCCCUCGCCGCUCCCUCCGCCCUCCCAGGGCUCUGGCAGCGGCGGAGUGAACGGGACUGGCCCGGCCGCAGAGCGCGGGGCGGCGGGUGGGAAGCGGGCGCCUGAAGGAGUUGUUCCGGCAGCGCCUGCGGAGACGUGAGGAGGUGGAUGUGCGAAGAGAAGUUUGCAGAACUGAAAUGGAGGUCACAGCUUCUUUACAGAAGGUUAGUGGGCCAUCUGAUUCUGUGGGUACACUGAACAGUGAAGAAUUUGUUUUGGUUCCUCAGCAUGCAGCUGAUACUUCUACAAAAGAUGAAGAAAAACCUCACCUGAAGAUAGUUUCUAAUGGUGAUGAACAAUUGGAAAAAGCCAUGGAAGAGAUAUUGAGAGAUUCUGAGAAAGGGCAAAGUGGUCUUCUUGUUGACUGUCACAGUUCCAGUGAGAUUUCAGAACAUUCAUUUGGAGAUACUACAGCUAGCCAAACAAAUAAGCCAUCUCUCCAUCUAAUUUUGGAUCCCUCUAAUACAGAAAUUUCUACACCAAGACCAUCUUCUCCAAGUGGACUACCUGAGGAAGAUAGUGUUUUAUUUAACAAAUUGACCUACUUAGGAUGUAUGAAGGUUUCUUCCCCACGUAAUGAAGUGGAGGCUUUACGGGCAAUGGCAACCAUGAAAUCUUCCAGUCAGUACCCCUUUCCUGUUACUCUGUAUGUGCCAAAUGUUCCAGAAGGUUCUGUGAGAAUCAUAGACCAGUCCAGCAAUGUGGAGAUAGCAUCUUUUCCAAUCUAUAAGGUGUUAUUCUGUGCACGUGGACAUGAUGGGACAACAGAGAGCAAUUGCUUUGCAUUUACAGAGAGUUCCCAUGGUUCAGAAGAAUUCCAGAUACAUGUUUUUUCCUGUGAAAUUAAAGAGGCAGUAAGCAGAAUUUUAUAUAGUUUCUGUACAGCAUUCAAACGUUCUUCCAGACAAGUGUCUGAUGUGAAAGACUCCAUUAUUCCUACCCCUGACAGUGAUGUGUUUACCUUCAGUGUUUCCUUAGAGGUAAAAGAAGAUGAUGGAAAAGGAAACUUCAGUCCUGUGCCUAAGGAUAGAGACAAAUUUUAUUUCAAAUUAAAGCAGGGAAUAGAGAAGAAAGUUGUGAUUACAGUGCAGCAACUUUCUAACAAAGAAUUAGCUAUUGAAAGAUGUUUUGGAAUGUUAUUAAGCCCAGGUCGAAACGUGAAGAACAGUGACAUGCAUUUACUGGAUAUGGAAUCCAUGGGAAAGAGCUAUGAUGGGAGAGCUUAUGUUAUCACCGGCAUGUGGAACCCCAAUGCACCAAUAUUUCUGGCACUUAAUGAGGAAACCCCGAAAGAUAAACGAGUGUACAUGACCGUGGCAGUGGAUAUGGUAGUCACAGAGGUGGUGGAGCCUGUCCGCUUUCUCCUGGAGACAGUAGUUCGUGUGUACCCUGCAAAUGAGCGAUUUUGGUAUUUCAGCAGAAAGACUUUCACAGAGACUUUCUUCAUGAGAUUGAAACAGUCUGAGGGAAAGGGUCAUACCAAUGCUGGAGAUGCAAUAUAUGAGGUGGUGAGUCUACAGCGAGAAUCAGACAAGGAGGAACCAGUCACUCCUACUGGUGGAGGGGGUCCAUUGUCACCCCAGGAGGAUGAAGCAGAAGAGGAGAGUGAUAAUGAACUCUCAAGUGGAACAGGUGAUGUGUCUAAGGAUUGUCCUGAGAAGAUCCUAUAUUCUUGGGGAGAAUUGCUGGGAAGAUGGCAUAGUAACCUUGGUGCACGACCGAAAGGGCUAUCUACCUUGGUGAAGAGUGGUGUUCCUGAAGCAUUAAGGGCAGAGGUAUGGCAGUUAUUGGCAGGCUGUCAUGACAACCAGGCAAUGCUGGAUAGAUACAGAAUUCUUAUCACAAAGGAAUCAGCCCAGGAAAGUGUCAUUACUCGAGAUAUUCAUCGUACAUUUCCUGCACAUGAUUACUUUAAAGAUACUGGAGGAGAUGGUCAGGAAUCACUCUAUAAGAUCUGCAAGGCCUACUCUGUGUAUGAUGAAGACAUUGGGUACUGUCAAGGACAGUCUUUUCUUGCUGCUGUGUUGCUUCUGCAUAUGCCAGAGGAGCAAGCAUUCUGUGUUUUGGUGAAAAUCAUGUAUGACUAUGGUUUGCGAGACCUGUACAAAAACAACUUUGAGGAUCUUCAUUGCAAAUUCUAUCAGUUGGAAAGACUAAUGCAGGAGCAGCUACCAGACCUGCACAGCCAUUUCUGUGACCUGAACCUGGAGGCUCAUAUGUAUGCAUCCCAGUGGUUUCUCACUCUUUUCACAGCCAAGUUCCCACUCUGCAUGGUGUUCCACAUCAUUGACUUACUGCUUUGUGAGGGUUUGAACAUAAUCUUUCAUGUAGCUUUGGCUCUCCUAAAGACCUCAAAGGAAGACCUUCUGCAGGCUGAUUUUGAAGGUGCUUUAAAGUUCUUCAGAGUUCAGCUUCCAAAGAGAUACAGGGCAGAGGAAAAUGCAAGAAGAUUGAUGGAGCAGGCUUGCAAUAUAAAAGUACCAACCAAGAAGCUGAAGAAAUAUGAGAAAGAAUAUCAGGCAAUGCGAGAGAGUCAGCUGCAGCAGGAAGACCCAAUGGAUAGAUACAAGAGGGAGAACCGAAGAUUACAGGAGGCCAGCAUGAGGUUGGAACAAGAGAAUGAUGACCUCGCCCAUGAACUAGUAACCAGCAAAAUUGCUCUACGGAAUGAUCUGGAUCAGGCAGAAGACAAGGCAGAUGUGUUGAAUAAGGAGCUCCUUCUGACCAAGCAGAAGCUGGUGGAGACCGAAGAAGAGAAGAGGAAGCAAGAGGAAGAGACUGCCCAGCUAAAAGAAGUCUUCAGAAAACAGCUAGAGAAGGCAGAAUAUGAAAUAAAGAAGACAACAGCCAUCAUUGCUGAGUAUAAGCAGGUAAUGUGCCACAGGGGCACAUGGUGCUAGUUACAGUUUUUUGCCAUAAAGUAAUUAUUUUUGUUG